AUGGCAUCCGACAAAUUUAGAAAGACAAGUACGCACUCACCACUCUUUCCCAUCCAUCUCAGUCAGCAGCUUCCUGUUACAAUCCACCUCCCUACACUACAUCACCUUCCUGUGCACCGUUCCGACCAUGUCGAAAUUGUCGUCGUCGUCGUGCGGCAUGUCAGUGUCAUUGCGCUGCAGUGCCUGUCCUCCCAUCUUCUCGUCUCAUUCGGCCAAACGAUGGUUCAAGACCCGGAGUGGCACCUCUCCACAACCUCACCUCUCUGCCUCACACCGUUUGACCGCAGUCUACACUAUCCGCACCGCACCGCGGCGCACCGUAAUGACUGCACCCUAUCGAGGCAAAUUCCAAGGUUCCAAGUUCCAACCCUACGCCUUGCUGCACCUUCGCUGUCAACUCCAGACCCCCCUCCCAUCCAGCCCAAUCCCGCCUCAUCCUGGGACAACGCUUGUACGACCUUGCCUCCCCGCCACAGACAGGCCGACAGACUGACUCCCCAGUCCGGCGUUCAACCGCCGCUACUUUGGGUCGUUCCACCAUCACGAUGCUAUCUUGGAGCUGCCUUGCCACUCUUCACUCCAGGCACAGCAAAGCAAACACCAUCAACGAUGCUCGGUCUCAUUAACGCAGACAUUGGCAUUGUUCCCAGCCAUCACCUGUUGUCUGCGGCACUGCUGCCCACGCCAUUAACUUCGACCUCACCGCAUCUAUCAAUGACCUCCUCGACUCGAACCGCCUCCACACAGGCAUGGAUCUCGAACCAUUCGUACCCCUCCCUCCAGUUACCCCACCGCCAAUCACUGCCAUCAGACACCAGGGUACUCCACGCCGCACCCAUCUUGUCUUCCUAA